CCACAUCGGCCCAUGAUAGGAGGGCUGUCUCCCGCUCUCCCCCAUCCCCUGCCAUGGGCAGGGCCUGGCCAGGGGUAUAAAUAGGUCAGACUGCUGGGCUUCCCCCACUCUUCCUCUCUCUCCAACCCUCUCUCCUCAGCACUUCUCCUCUCUUGGCCUGAUCCUGACUGCCGCCAUGGCGUGCCCCCUGGAGAAGGCCCUCGAUGUGAUGGUGUCCACCUUCCACAAGUACUCAGGCAAGGAGGGUGACAAGUUCAAGCUCAACAAGUCUGAGCUAAAGGAGCUGUUGACCCGGGAGCUGCCCAGCUUCUUGGGGAAAAGGACAGAUGAAGCUGCAUUCCAGAAGCUGAUGAGCAACCUGGACAGCAACAAGGACAACGAGGUGGACUUCCAGGAGUACUGCGUCUUCCUGUCCUGCAUCGCCAUGAUGUGCAACGAGUUCUUCGAAGGCUUCCCCGAUAAGCAACCCCGGAAGAAAUGAAGUCUCCUCAGAUGUGGGGCCGGGGCCUGCCAGCUGGGGUCUUCCCUGUUGGUGGUGGGCACAGCGCCUCACACUGGCUCCUCCAGAUGUGAGCAUGAUACUAAACAAGUUCAAUAAAGAUUCUUGAAAGCUA